GCCUUCCCAACAGAACUCUGUCCUCUACUGCAGCUGAUGCAACCUGGCCACCUCCCGGCAAUCCGCUUACUUGCAAUCAAGGGUUCAGGUGCAAGCUGAUGCUGACUCAGCCCGUUCCAUUAAGAGCUAAGAAGCAAGAAGAAAUUGGGGCGCCAUGGGGAAAGCCCGCAGGCCCCCACCAGGGCACCACAGGCAUUGUGAGGGAUGCUUCAACCGCCACUGCCACAUUCCUGUGGAACCCAACACCUCCUGCCUGGUAAUAAGCUGCCACCUGCUCUGUGGUGCCACCUUCCACAUGUGCAAAGAGGCAGAGCACCAGCUCCUCUGCCCUUUAGAGCAGGUUCCGUGCCUCAACUCUGAAUAUGGCUGCCCUCUGUCCAUGUCCCGCCACAAACUGGCCAAGCACCUGCAGGUGUGCCCCGCCAGCGUGGUCUGCUGCUCCAUGGAGUGGAACCGCUGGCCAAAUGUGGACUCUGAAACCACCCUUCAUGAGAACAUCAUGAAAGAGACCCCCAGUGAGGAGUGUUUGGACACAGCCCUGGCCCUGCAGGACCAGAAGGUCCUCUUCAGAUCCUUGAAAAUGGUGGAACUUUUCCCAGAAACUAGAGAGGCUACUGAGGAGGAACCAGCUAUGAAUGGUGAAAACAGUGUGGAGGAAAUGGGAGGAGCAGUGGGUGGAGUGGAUAUCGGUUUGGUACCACAUGGUCUGUCAGCAACUAAUGGGGAGAUGGCAGAACUAAGUCAAGAAGAACGGGAGGUGCUAGCCAAAACCAAAGAAGGGAUGGACCUGGUCAAGUUUGGCCAGUGGGAAAAUAUUUUCAGCAAAGAGCACGCAGCCUCUGCUUUAACAAAUUCAUCAGCGAGCUGUGAGAGCAAGAACAAGAACGGCCCAGAGAAAGAACAGAUUUCCAGUGGCAAUAACAUAGUAGAAGGAGAGGGUGCCCCCAAAAAGAAAGAACCACAGGAAAAUCAGAAGCAGCAGGAUGUUCAUACAGCUGUGGAAACCACAGGGCUUGCCCCUUGGCAGGAUGGUGUUCUGGAAAGACUGAAAACAGCUGUGGAUGCAAAGGACUAUAACAUGUAUCUAGUGCACAAUGGGCGGAUGCUGAUUCACUUUGGUCAGAUGCCUGCUUGUACACCCAAGGAGAGAGACUUUGUUUAUGGCAAGCUCGAGGCUCAGGAAGUUAAGACUGUUUACACCUUCAAAGUUCCUGUGAGCUACUGUGGAAAGCGAGCUCGACUUGGAGAUGCCAUGUUGAGUUGUAAGCCAAGUGAACACAAGGCAGUGGAUACUUCAGAUUUGGGGAUCACUGUGGAGGACCUGCCCAAAUCAGAUCUCAUCAAGACCACCCUCCAGUGUGCUUUGGAAAGAGAACUCAAAGGCCACGUCAUCUCUGAAUCCAGAAGCAUUGAUGGGCUGUUCAUGGAUUUUGCCACACAAACAUACAACUUUGAGCCAGAACAGUUUUCCUCUGGGACAGUGCUGGCUGAUCUAACCGCUGCCACCCCAGGGGGACUCCACGUGGAGCUCCACAGCGAGUGUGUGACCAGGAGACACAACAAAAGCAGCUCUGCCUUCACUUUCACUUGCAACAAAUUCUUCAGGAGGGAUGAGUUCCCCCUGCACUUCAAGAAUGUCCACACAGACAUUCAGUCAUGUCUCAAUGGCUGGUUCCAGCAUCGAUGCCCCCUCGCCUACUUGGGAUGUACAUUUGUUCAAAACCAUUUCCGUCCCCCAGGGCAAAAGGCAAAAGUAAUCUAUAGCCAGGAGCUCAAGACCUUUGCCAUUAAGCCGGAGGUUGCUCCAGAGCUGAGCGAGGGAAGGAAGAACAACCAUCUUUUGGGUCAUGGAGGAAAAGGCCAGAAUUCUUUAACCAGCCUGCCCCUGGAGAUUUUGCAGUACAUUGCUGGGUUCUUGGACAGUGUCAGCCUGGCCCAGCUCUCCCAGGUGUCUGUGCUGAUGAGGAAUAUCUGUGCCACUUUGUUACAAGAGAGAGGAAUGGUCCUUUUGCAAUGGAAGAAGAAGAGAUAUUCCCAUGGAGGCACCUCCUGGAGAGUCCACAGAGAGAUCUGGCAGUUCAGCAGCCUAUUCUCCAAAAUCAAGAGCUGGGAGUUUAAUGAAGUCACCUCCAUGUCUGAGCACCUGAAGUCCUGUCCUUUCAACAUUGUAGAGCACAAAACUGACCCGAUUCUUUUGACCAGCAUGCGUCAGCCCCGUGAGCAGGCCCGAGAGAGCUUAGUCUCCACCUUUAGAGUCAGACCACGAGGAAGAUACGUCUCCUAAAAAUUUAGAUGCCACUCGAUGCACCCUUCUUGGAUUUCUUCUCGGAGUUCCUGAAGUAGGACAGAGUGUGGUUUUGAGGACUCCCUUCUGUAAACUGCCUAUUUGCUUAUCGGGGUGUAUUGGAACACACAAUGUCCUUGGAAACCUCAACACAAGGCCUAAGAAUUUCCUAAGCCAUGUCUUGUACCAUAGUGCCACAUUGAUGACUUGUUUCCUUUUUUCUUUUCUUUUCUUUUUUCUUUCUUUCUAAAAUAGAUUGGUCUGAGAAGAAAAUAAGUAAUUUGAGGCCAUUUGGAAGAUGGACCCAAUUUCUUAAGCGAUGAGAGAGCACGAAAUUCCAUAACCAGUACAGGCCUGUGCUUUUACAUGGGCUUUUUAGUUCACAAAGCACUUUCAAAUUUAUGGGACAGGAAACGCAGGAUGGGACUAAGGAGCAGACAGUUACUCCCCAGGGAAUGCAGGAUGAAGGGAAAAAAGCUGGAGGCUCUGGAGCUGGGUCUGUUUUGACUGUCAAGUCCGGGGCUCGUUUUGGUUAUUCUACUGCCUCUAGGCCAGGGUAGUCCUAACACAGCCUGACAUAGGAGAGCCCCUGGCUGAGCAUGGCAGCCUUGAAGACACCACAGGCCAAAACAUGAGGGGCAGAAACGGGAUCACAGAGUCUGUUGUUAGAAUCUUGGCAACAUACAGCAGGAAAGCCUUGAUAAAUGGGGAGUCCAAAGGAGACACCAUAUUUAUGGAGAACAUUAGGACAAAAAGUCACCAACUUACUUUGUAACAUUUUAAUAAUGACUUAAGGGUCAAGAUUUUUUUCUUCUGAAAAUUAUGUUCUGAGUUAGGCAGAAUAUAGGCAUGGCCCUGGGCCACCCUGUGCUAUCUGAAAUGACCUCAAUACACUAAUGCCAACCUCAGCGUCAUGCUAGAAUGCACAGGGCAGCCCAGGGAGACCACACCUUUGGCGAAGUCCAGACAAGGCCCACUGCAGUUCCUAUGGCGCCAGUCACCAGCUCCUAGACACCACUUGGGUACCCCAUUGGGGUCUUGGAGAGGAAGACACGUGAACAUAAUGGCUCCCUGAAAUUGCUCCUACCCAUCCAUAUUUCUGGUCAUGCUUUCAGUCUGACAAAAAUGGAUGAUACUACUGUUUUUGGUAACAAACAGUGAAUAUUCAUAAGAACAAAAGUAAUAGAAAAAAAGACACAGUAGAAACUGGCAUCCCCUAAAGCAGGGCUUCUUAGCCUUGGAACUAUUGACAUUUUUAAAUAGAUAAUUCUUUUUUUUUUUUUUUGGUGGGGGUGAAGAGGGGUUGGAGUUUCACUCUUGUUGCCCAGGCUGGAGCACAAUGACAUGAUCUCGGCUCACUGCAACCUCCGCUUCCUGGGUUCAAGCGAUUCUCCUGCCUCAGCCUCCCGAGUAACUGGGAUUACUCGCCUGGCUAAUUUUGUAUUUUUAGUAGAGACGGGGUUUCUCCAUGUUGUUCAGGCUGGUCUCAAACUCCCGACCUCAGGUGACUCGCCUGCCUUGGCCUCCCAAAGUGCUGGAAUUACAGGUGUGAGCCACUGUGCCCUGCCUGAACUGGAUAAUUCUUUGUUGCAAGGGACUGUUCUGUGUACUACAGGAUACUUGGCAGCAUCCUUGGCCUAUCCAUUAAAUGCCAGUAGCACCCCCACAGUGGCAACAAUCAAAAAUGUCACCAGACAUUGCUAAAUGUCAGGGAGCAAAAUGGCUCCCCGUUGAAAAUCCCUAAAGGAUGUCACACUAGUGACAAUAAGUUAGGAUAUGCUUAUUUUUUAGUACAGCAAAAUCUUAUCGCACAUAGCUAUCCACAAUAGUUAUGAUUUAAUGCAGCUCUUUAUUUAUGAAAUAGGUUUUAGACAUGUGGUGAUUUUAAGUUGGGAACCAGAAGGAAGUGAUUUGUUUGGUAUGGCUUCAUGUCCUUCAGCCACACACAAGAAUGUAUCCUUUCAGCUCUCUUUGGUUAUACCUGAAGCCAGGAGCGCUGAGUUAUUAGCCUUGUGUUUAUAUUCCUCUCACUGCAACUAGUGUCAUUUUCCCAGCAGUCCUAGCAGUCCUCAAGCAAGUGGGAAAUAGGAAAAGAAAAGGACAGGCAUUGUAGGGAAGCAGAGGAUAAAGAAUUUAGCCAACAAAAGAAACAAUCUAGUUAAUCUGGGUGCUUUUAUUUCCUGGGUUCUCUCUAAACAUGGUUCAGAGCUGGUGUAGAUGAAGUAGGUGAAACCUCUGAAAAGAGUCAAGAAGGCAGUAGAGCAAGUCCCAGACCAGAAAUAUGCUCAUCUUUUCAUCGUAAUGUGCCACUCGGUACUAUUUGGUAAUGUCACUCUAUUUUUCCUAAUCCCAUCCUUUGGUUUGUAUUUCAUAUUUGUAUAUAAGGCACCAUUUUCUAAAAAUAUGACUAGGGUGUGACCUAAGGUUUUAUUCCGUGAAGAUGAGUAACUGGAAAGAAGCUAACACUGCAGUGGGAAGGAAGGAAGAGAGUUGUCCAGGUGGUAGUUUGACGUGUUUUGAAUCUAGUCCUUCCUACAUGGAGGAUAAAAGCUCCUAAAGUCCACUCUGGGUUUGUGAUUUUAAUAGAAAUAGAAAGGGAAACUAUAGACCAAUGGAGAUGAAAAUCAGGGGCUAUGGAUGGAUGGAGGAGAAACAAGGUGCUACAAAGAGAAAGGAAGAGGGCAGAAGGCUUUCCCUUCCCAAACUGGGUAAGUGGGGGAAGCCUCAGUUCAGGAGAGUGGCACUGCCCACAACUGCUUUGUGGGUUGCACACUUCCAGCCGCACUCUCCCCCUCCAGUUGCUGCCUUCAGAGCCGUACUGAAGCAUGAGCUUCAAUAAGACAAGCACACUUCAUAGUAAGAGGGCAGUGGCACCAAAGCCUUUCAGAGCAACUAUGGAUUAGACAGAAAUGAUUUGUGAGAGGAAGCUGGAGUGAACAGCAUGAACAGCGAGUGUUACCUGACAGAGGCAAGACAGCUACAUGUGGCUUCAGAUUUAGAAACAGCUGAGGGGAGCAAAGAGGGACUGUGUACACAGGGAGUGAAGAUGUCUAUGGGCAGAGCCCUUGGUGAGUAUCAUCACCAAGAAAGGCAGUCCAGAGUAGAGAUUAGCCAAAUAUGGAGGCUGAGGUCUGUAGAACUGGGCCAGAGAAGACCUUGCUGCCUUAGUAGCAUAAGGGUCUGGAAAAGAAGUUUCUAUCUCACAACAAAGGAAAAAGUGAAAAGCAAGGUGGAACUUGAAGAUGUGUCACGAAAAUCACUAUAAAAGUCUGAUUUAUGUGUGAUGUCAAAUCAAACUGAAAUGAAGAAUGAGAUUGAGUAUAUUUGUGGUGACUGACCUCCGUAUACUAGAAACCUCAGUGUCUCUAGAAGAGGAAAUAAAAGCUGCUUUGCACUCUGAAAGGCUAAUUGGGUGAAUCUUAUAAGUUAGGUCUAGAGACAGAUGUGUGAUUCACAGGCAUAGAAGUUGUUGCUGAAACCAAGUGUGUAUCAUGAAGAAAGACCAGAGCACAAGCCCGAGACCAAACUUGUCCAACCUGCCUUAUUGUGGUGUUGUUCUGUUUUGUUUUCUUUUGUUUUAGGCUUUUAGCAGCCUGAAACCAUGGUUUUUAGUUUCUGUCUCUAGUGAUAAGCAGAAAAGAGGAAUGAGAAAGGGACUUUACUGGCCCAACCAGAAACAGAAACUACGAACCCACGGCUGAAUUCGCUCCCUUGGACACCCUGCUGGGCAGCUCACCAACUCUAUGAAGCCCUGGAGCAACUAACUGUGGGUCUUAGCAACUCAUUCUAGCUCCUCCUCGAUCCCAAUGCCUUCUCCAUCUUUUCUUUCUUUCUUUUUUUUUGAGACAGGGUCUCCCUCUGUCGCCCAGGCUGGAGUGCAGUGGUGUGAUCACAGCUCAUUGAAGCCUUGACUUUGACUUCCCAGGCUCAGGUGAUUCUCCCACCUCAGACUACUGAGUAGCUGGGACUAUAGGCCCACACUACCAUGCCCAGCCAUUGCUCAGGCUGAUCUGUUUUGGACUGGGUUUAAAAUGCAGCCUAAGGAGGCCAGGUGCAGUGGCUUAUGCCUGUAAACCCAGCACUUUGGGAGGCUAAGGGGGGCGAUCACCUGAGGUCAGGAGUUCAAGAUCAGCCUGGCCAACAUGGGGAAACCCCAUCUCUAUUAAAAAUACAAAAAUUAGCUAGGCAUGGUGGCGCACGCCUGUAGUCGCAGCUACUCGGGGGGCUGAGGCAGGAGAAUCUCUUGAACUCAGGAAGUGGAGGCUGCAGUGAGCUGAGAUCACGCUGCGGCACCCCAGCCUGGGUGACAGAGCAAAACUC